AUGGCAAUGAGGAGGAGGCUGUGCGCGCUAACGUUGGCUGCCGCUGUUCUCUUCAUCACCCUCGCCUCUCACAGUCACUUCCUGUCUGUGACCCUGCCCACUCGUGGCCCGGCCCCACCCACAGGUAAACCGGGGACGGAACCUGUGACAACUGAGGCCAGGACACGCCCCCUUCUCAGGCUGUGUGGAUGCACUUCCUGUGUUUCGGACCUGGAGAGCUCUGAUUGGUUCAGACAGAGAUACAACCCUCACAAACAGCCAAUCCUGAAGCAGAACCAGAGCGUGGAGGGCGGGGCUCUGAGCUGGUGGAAGAUGCUCCAACGCUCUGGGAAUGAUCGUCCACUACAGGAAGUGAUGUCAGAGCUGUUUAGGGUCAUAGCUUCGCCCCCAGAGCCGCUGAAGCCACGCUCCUCGCUGUGCCGCUCCUGUGCCGUGGUCGGGAACUCCGGAAACCUGCUAAAGUCUGAAUACGGGGCAGUCAUCGACUCCCACCAGUCUGUGUUCAGGAUGAACCGGGCGCAGACAACAGGUUUUGUUCAGGACGUGGGGAACCGCAGCACGCAUCACUUCAUGUACCCGGAGAGCGCGGUGGACCUCAAUCCUGGAGUCCACAUGGUCCUAGUGCCCUUCAAGAUCAGAGACCUGGAGUGGCUGCGCAGCGCUCUGUCCACGGGCGACAUCACCACGACCUACAUGCGCGUGAAGGAGCGGGUCUCUGCAGAUCCAGACCUGGUCCUCGUUUUGAGUCCGGACUUCUUCAGAUACGUCCAUGAGUCCUGGACCCAGAACCAUGGGAGGUACCCAUCGACUGGUCUAACGGCUGUGGUGUUCGCCCUGCACGUGUGCGACCAGGUCUCGGUCUUCGGCUUCGGGGCGGACUCGGAGGGGAAUUGGCAUCACUACUGGGAGCAGAACCGGUUUUCGGGAGCGUUCCGUAAAACUGGAGUCCACAGCGCGGACUUCGAGAUUCAGGUUCUGAAGAAACUCAGCGAGGAGGGGAAGAUCAGGCUGUACCUCUGA